GAUAGAUCAGGCAGAAUUGAAAACAGACUCUCAGUCACCCUCACACCGAGGGGAGAGCAGAAGGAGGGGGAGGCACUUAGCAAAAAAAAAAAAAGUCAAGAAAAAGAAAAGAGGAGUAGAAGAGUAAGACAGUCCGGCUAAGAGGAGACAACAUCUGACUUCUCGGUUGUUUCUUUUCCUUUUGUGUCUAAAGCAUCAACGCAAAGAAUCCUUGAGACUCACUGACUCUCAAAGUCCUUCAUUUUGACUCUCUAAAGAAACGUAAAGAAACUCUCUAAACAAAUGUUUCGAGACUUUGCAAUGCUGCCGGACUCUUCAGUUCGAUACAUCCCACAAGGCAUUUUCUGUUGACAGCUUGGCAAAAGUUUUUUCUUUUUUUUUUUUUAGUAUCCGGAUCUUUUCUUAUUGAAUCCAAUGGAAAAAUUUGCGCAACGUUCCAGCGUUUAACCUCAAGACAUCCAAGAAAGGCAAAAAAAAAAAGAAGAAAUCAGACAAGACAGGAAAGAGGAUCCGAAUGUCUUUUGCAGAGAUUUAAAGGUGUCUGGAGAUCGCAUUAAUAGGAUAGAAGAGCUGGAGUCCUCGGAAAGAAACAGGAACCACAGAGAUGAAUCUACAACUAUUUACAGGAUUGUUACUUAUGUCAUGGACGGCUUUAUCACUGGACAUCCAUUGGCCCGAAUCUGAAAUUAUUCUCCAACCAUACAGCUCUUUUUCCAUAAAUUGUUCAGCGGAAAAAAUCAUUGUAUGGAAACAUGACGAUCACUUGAUUUUUAAUUCCCAUCUGGACUUUGACAAGAAAACGUUUACCAAUUCAAUUGUUCUGAACAAUGUGACGGGUCAGGACACAGGAUUGUACACUUGUCUAUACAACAGUUCAUUUUACGAUGAAAAGCAAGAGGGGAAAUCUGUCUACAUCUUUGUUCCUGAUCCUAAUAUGGUGUUUUUGCCGAUCAAAGCCAAUGAUGAAUUCAUAUUUGUGCCCGGGAAGAGUAAAACCACCAUUCCCUGCCGUGUAACCAACCCCAACACAAGCGUGACUCUCCAUGAGAGGGCUAGUGAUGACGAAAUUCCGUAUCCUUACGACAACAAGAAAGGCUUCACCGGGCAUUUUGAUGAUAGCAAUUAUCAUUGCAAGGCUUCACUUGAUGGAAUUGAAGUCAACUCAGAUCCCUAUUAUAUCUACACCGUAGAAGUGACAGACCACCUCAAUGUGACUGUGAAAGCCACAAAUAGUAUUGUAAAGAAAGGAGAGGAUAUCACUAUUCUCUGCACAGUGAUUGAAAAUGAAAUUAUAAAAUUUACUUGGGACUAUCCAGGACUUAAGGCUAAUAGGCCACAUGUUAUAGAAAGUAAGAUGGGAAGUAAUUCAGUGAUGUCCCUCAUAACAAUAACAGAAGCUAAUCUGGAGGACUCGGGAAAUUACACUUGUAUGGUGGAGGAGACAAUACAAGGAAAAUUUCUUACGCAAAGUGUUUAUGUGGAAGUGAAAGAAAAAGGUUUUGUGACACUUCUUGCUGACGAAACAGUGAUAACAGCCUAUCUGCACCAAAGCAUUCCACUGGAAGUAUUCAUUGAAGCUUAUCCUUCACCUACCAUAGAGUGGCUGCAAAAUGGUGUCUUGCUAACCGGAGAUUCCACCAGCCAAAUGAAUGUUGUAAACAGGAACAUUUCUGAAAACAAGUAUGCCAGUGUUCUGCACCUUGUGAGAGUGAAAGAAAAAGAUGGCGGUAACUACACGAUCAGGGUACAUAAUGAGGAUGAUGUUCAAGCUAUUCAUUUCGACCUUCAGAUACUCGUUCCAGUUCAAAUACAGGAAAUAAUUGACACUCAUUCAGCAAAUGGUGGCCAGUUAGUGACCUGUGUGGGCAAAGGUAUGCCGAUGCCAAACAUCACCUGGUUCUUCUGCAGUGGAACAAAAAGUAUCAGGUGUAGCAGUAAGAGUUGGGAGCUGUGGAAACCCCUGGAAGACAUAACAUCACAAAUGGAUUUCGAUAUGAACACCACUUUUACCCAGCCAGAAUAUGGAACUUACCAAGUUAAGAGUAUACUCCAUAUCCGAAGUGUAGUAGAUUCUCUGUCAGUACGCUGUGCGGGGAAAAAUGAUUAUAGCGAACACCACCGAGACGUAACCCUUGUGCCUCACUAUUUAACCUUUAAAGUUGUCCUGAUAUCCGCGGUCCUAGCCUUGGUCGUGCUGUUUCUGAUUUUCCUCAUAAUCCUUAUUGUUCUCUGGCGAAAGAAACCACGUUACGAAAUUCGGUGGAAGGUGAUUGAGUCGGUCAGCCCUGAUGGACAUGAGUACAUCUACGUGGAUCCUCUGCAGCUUCCUUAUGACUCCAGCUGGGAAAUUUCAAGAGACAAAUUAGUUCUAGGCCGAACCCUUGGCUCGGGAGCAUUUGGCAGAGUGGUAGAGGCAACAGCUCAUGGAUUGGGACACGCUCAGUCAUCCACUAAAGUGGCUGUAAAGAUGCUGAAGUCCACUGCUCGGAGCAGCGAGAAACAGGCUCUUAUGUCGGAGCUGAAGAUUAUGAGUCAUCUGGGUCCACACUUAAAUAUUGUCAACUUGUUGGCUGCGUGCACCAAAGGAGGGCCUAUAUAUAUAGUUACAGAAUACUGCCGGUAUGGUGAUCUUGUGGAUUAUUUGCAUAAAAACAAGCACACUUUCCUCCAGUACUAUGCGGACAGGAGCCGGAAGGAAAAUGAAGUCUACAGUAACGCAUCAACGGGGGAAAGAAUGUCCAGCCAUAUUUCAGUUUUGGUAGAAAGUGAUGGUGGUUACAUGGAUAUGAGCAAAGACGACAUUUACUAUGUGCCAAUGCUGGACCUUAAGGAUGAAAUCAAAUAUGCUGAGAUAGAACCUUGCAACUAUGGGACCACCUAUGAACUAGAACACUACUCCAAUUCUGCUCCAGAAAGGACAACUUAUUCCACUGUGAUCAAUGAGUCUCCUGUCCUCAGCUUCACUGAUUUAAUUGGGUUCAGCUAUCAAGUGGCUAAUGGAAUGGAAUUUUUGGCUUCCAAAAAUUGUGUUCACCGUGAUUUGGCUGCAAGGAACGUAUUGAUCUGUGAAGGGAAACUAGUGAAAAUUUGUGACUUUGGAUUAGCCCGAGACAUCGUGAGAGACUCCAACUACAUUUCCAAAGGCAACACUUUCCUUCCUCUGAAGUGGAUGGCGCCUGAAAGCAUUUUCAACAAUCUGUACACAACUCUCAGCGAUGUCUGGUCAUUUGGAAUCCUUCUCUGGGAAAUCUUCACACUGGGUGGAACCCCUUACCCUGAAUUACCAAUGAAUGAACAGUUCUACAAUGCCAUAAAGCGAGGCUAUAGGAUGUCAAGACCAUCAUAUGCAUCAGAAGAAGUCUAUGAGAUAAUGCAGAAAUGCUGGGAUGAAAAAUUUGAGAAGAGGCCAUCUUUUUCCACCUUAGUCUCUAUGACAGGAAACUUAUUAGCCGAUGGCUACAAACAGCGAUACAAACAAGUAAAUGAGGAAUUUUUAAGAAGUGAUCACCCUGCUGUGGUUCGUGUGAGUCCCCGAGCAACUAAAAUUAAUAACCCUGUCUAUGAGGGAGAAAGCAUUUCAAAUAUUCUAUACUCAGCUGUGCAACCAAAUGAUAGUGACUACAUUAUCCCUCUGCCUGACCCCAAACCUGAGGACUCUGAUAAUGUGCUGAAUGAGAGUCGGCCAAGCUCUACACUACAAGAAGGCAACACAUCUUCUACAAUUUCCUGCGACAGUCCUCUAGAGCAGCCUGAUCAAGAGGUGGAGAGUGAAAUCAAGAGUGAUAUCCAGGAAGCUGAGCAAGUGCACGAUGAGGAAGAAAGCUUUCUGUAGAUGAUACCAACAGCAAGGACCUUACUUCACUAUGGGGCAUGGCACAAUAUGCGGAAUAGAUAUUCCAACUUUAUACGAUAAUGUCAACUGAACUUUUGUGAAGACUAAAAUUGUCAUCCUACUCUUAAACCUACUCCAUCCAGUCUUGGUAAAUCCCAAGAAAGAUUCCCAUGAAUGACAAUGAAUUUCUGGGACAGAGUAAACCAAAUAAGGAGCUUAGUGCAAUAUUUUAAUGAUUAUCGGAAAACUAAUGCACAACAAUCAUACACUGCACAACAGUGGAGAAGUACUUUUUUCCAGCAGUUGCCUAAAAAACUCAAUGGAGCCAUUUUUGGGAUAAAGCCAAAUCAUCCUUCUGGACUAUGUGAGCCAGCAUUACAUUGAAGGCACUCGACAAUGGAGCAUUUAUCCAUGUCCAUCUAAGGUUGCACUAGGGUCUCCGCUGUAGCAAGAGAGUUGCACAUUUGUAGCAUUGUGACUGUAUAUAUUUAGGUUGGUCAGGAGACUUAAGCAACCACAGCUGCCUUAGUCCAUGGAUCUGAAAUAGACUCUAUGUUUAGAACAAAGUGAUAUUUACAAUUAUAAAUUUAGGUACAUCCAGGGAUAGACUGAAAAUGCCAUAAAGUUUUGAUCGGUCAGGGUGUGAGUGUUCAGACCCCAAUCACUUGACCAUUUCAGUCACGGGCACAAAAAGCCGGAGGAGGAGAGCUGUGUGCUUCUUUUCCUGCUCACGAUUGAUUUAAUCAAUGCAAAAACUUUUGAAAUGUUCUAGGGAUAUGUCAAAAGUUUUAAAGCGACAGGUACAUUUUAUGACCUUAUAACUCUAUGACCAUUAUUGCCAAAAGAACUCAAAUUGUUCUCAGUCUACCCCUGGCUCCGUCUAUAUGUCAAGAUGAAGUUUAUAUUUUUUAUCUUACACAGCACUACAUUUACAUUCUAAUUUUGGGAAUAUAAUGGUACGGUGACGGCUGGACCGUCCACCAAAAAACAAAAAAAAUUAUGGGGGGAAAGUGAUAACCAAAGGAACAAGCAAGCCUUUUGUCUGUCUGUGACUGACAUUUUGGGCUAUGCUUUUCUUUGGCAAUAUUUUUUACUUUUAUGUUCAGUUGUCUGCAUGUUAACUUUUACUAUGUCCUGCUUUUAUACCACACUUAUACUGAAAGUUAUAUUGAUGUCAUAAAAAUAUACAAUAGAUUAUAUUAGAAAUAUGUAUAUCUUAAGUAUCAAUGCAAUUUACACUGCCAGUUAUAUAUAUUCACCAAUGCCACAUAAUAGACUGUGGGCAAAUUACAAGCUAUAUAUCAUAGAAAGCAAGGGACAUAUGUCAAUAGACUAGAGCAUGUUCCAAUUUGUGCCAGGAUAAAAUAGCUUUAUAGAGGGUGACAUCUAUAGCCCUAAUGGAAUAUCUGUAAUGUUUCCCCUGAACCAUGACAUUUAUAAUAUUGUCCUCAACUUCAACCUUUGCACUAUUUAUAGCUUUUACUGGUGAAACACAUGGUACAAUACAAUGUUUUCACAUUAAGCUGACACAACUAUGAAGUUCUAAUGGGGUGCCAUACUUCUUCUUUCUAUCUGGGGCCUCCUACUUGCCUUCUUAAUUUCCCUUUUGUAAUGAAACAUAUAGCCCAACAUCAACACCGUGAAUGGUCAUGUUGCUUACAUCUCCUAAAUGAGUAAUCAUACUUAUAAUCUUUCUUUAAGGUUCUCUUGGAAUUCUCUUCAAAUUCCAUGUACUACCAAUCCUUUGGUUUCCAUUAUGUAUCUGUGCCCACUUCAAAACAGGGUACACAUCUACAAUUCCUUUUUGUUGUUCUUGCUAUGUUUGUACCAGUCUUAUUCUAAUAAAAGGGAUAGUCCAGGGACAGGAAUAUUUGUAUACUUUGCUGGGCCCGUAUUAGUCAUACAAAAAGGAGCUAUGCAUGUCUUAUCAGGAGGAACUGCCUGCUCAGCCAACUACUGACUAAGGCGAACAUCAAUGAGGCCAGUUUGACUAAACAAUCAACAGGAACCAGGAAGUAGUGGUGAGGUGUGGUGGACAAGGGUUCAACACGGGCGAGUAUAGCUUUUUUUUAAUGUGUACCCUCUGUCCCUGCAGUACCCUCUGACCCUCUUGUCCUGCUCGUACAUUCACACAUAGCUGCAGGGACAAAUUUUUACAAAUUUUGUAACCAAUGUAUAUUACAAAUAUACAUAUUUUAUUUUCUACGUUAUAUUAAAAAGUUUUUGCUAAUGAUAAGUACACUCUAAGUUCCUGUCCCCAAGGUGACCCAUUUAAUAAGACCAGUGUAUGAUCCUCUCAGGGCAUCAUACAGUUACUUUGGAAAUUGCAAUGGCUUCUUUUUGUGACCAAUGGUCGAUUGUAAUUAAAGGGACACAAAUUCUUGACUUGUAAUUGAUGUUUUGAUAAAAUAUUGGUUUGUAGUGAUGUGGCCUGAGAGAAGUCAGAAUGCAUGGUACUCUCUAUAGACCUGGGGGGGAGCUAUUUAGUGUUAAAAAUGUGUUUCACUGGUUUGACAGAAUGUUAUAUUAAAGGGUUUUUCAGCCAAGAAAGCAUAUCCCCUAUCCACAGGAUAGAGGAUAAGGGUCUGAUGGCAGGGAAAGCCUAACUUCUGUGAUCCCUUGCAAACUCCACAACAGGGCCCCCAACUCUCACAUGUCCCAGACCUGCAGAUGCCACAUCAUUCAUUCAUUUCUAUAGAAGUGCUGGAAAUACACAAAUAAAUACAGCACUCAAAUAUCUCUGGCGCUCCCAUAGAAAUUAAUGGUUGACCUGGAGUCUGCAGCAGUCUGAAUCCCCCUCAACCCAAACCCCCCCCACCGCCAUCAGACUCUUAUCCCCUAUUCUGUGGCUAGGAGAUAAGUUUUAUUUUGCUAGAAAACCACUUUAAUGCCAUAAUCUCAAGAGAACCUUUUCUGAUGUGAUGCUCCUUUAAGAGGAGUGUUGUUAGAAUUCAUCAAAUAUCAUUGGAAAUCAAACAUUCGUAAUUAAAUUUUACUUUAUUAUGUCUCAUAUAUGAAAUUACAGUUUUAUACGUCAAUACAUAAAUAUGAAUCAUGUAUUUUUUUUAUAGUCAAGAUAUGUUUCUCCACUGAGUCACAUUAUCUUAUACCAUGACUUCCCGUAAAUUGAAAACACUGUGGA